AUGCCCUCGGUUUAUGCAAAUGAUUCUGAAUAGAAGUAUAUUGAAUUAAAUAAGCUUAGAUUGAUAAAUUUGAGUUAUAAGGGAAACAGAAACCCAGGGCAAUUGAACAUUGAAAAAUUAAAAAAAAAUUGUUGUAUUGAUUUGAUAAGAUUGAUAAGACUUAAUUAUAUUAUGAAUUUGAGCGCAAUUAAUAAUUUAGAUUUGAAUGAUUAUUAUCAAUAUGAUUAUCAAUUUUGA